GGUUCGUUCCAAAAAAGCAAAACCAAGGGUACAGCAGUAAAUUAAAUCCUAGAAGCAAAUCAGUCUCUUUUUGUAAAGCCCUUUCCUUCCUUCGGCUCCUUUUCUUUUUCCCUCUUCUUCGCAGACGACAUUCUAACCAAACCCUAAAAAGAUAACAGAUAGUCUCACGGAGCCCAAGUCUAACAGAUCAUUCCAAUCACCAACAAUCAAAUCAAGGUUCAUAACUACUUGAUCCACUUUGUUGAGAAUCACUUUAUAAUGGCAGCUCUGAGGGAGAUUUUGCCUCCAGUUAAGUCAACUACUACAACUUAUUAUGAUCAUUCAAAUGACCCAUGGUUUAAGCAAAGAUUUACCUCAUCGGAGGCAGAGCAAGCUACUGUAAUUAGCCAUAAACCUGUACCUCCUUACUUGGAUCGUAAAGGUUUUGUUCCUCGAAAGGUGGAGGAUUUUGGCGAUGGGGGUGCAUUCCCAGAGAUUCAUAUUGCACAAUAUCCUCUUGGCAUGGGUAGGGAUAAGUCUGCAAAACCUGCGUCAAAAAUCUUGCCUUUGACUGUUGAUGCACAUGGGAAUGUUGCAUAUGAUGCAAUUGUGAAGCAAAAUGAGAAUUCAAAAAAGAUUGUUUAUUCACAACAUAAAGAUUUGAUCCCGAAGCUUUUGAAGAAUGACGAGGAGAGUGAUGAGGAUGAGGAUUUGCAGAAAGAAAUUGAAGAGACAACACAGGAAACAAAAGCAGCACUUGAAAAGAUUGUUAAUGUGAGAUUGAGUGCAGCACAACCAAAGAACGUGCCGACACAGUCUUCUGAUUCGAAAUAUAUAAAGUACAAGCCGUCGCAGCAAUCGGCAGCUUUUAAUUCAGGGGCAAAAGAAAGAAUAAUCAGAAUGGUUGAGAUGCCAGUGGACCCACUGGAGCCGCCUAAGUUCAAGCAUAAGAGGGUUCCCAAGGCUUCUGGAUCCCCACCCGUACCAAUCAUGCACUCCCCUCCUAGGCCCGUGACGGUAAAAGAUCAGCAGGAUUGGAAAAUUCCUCCGUGUAUCUCAAACUGGAAGAAUCCUAAAGGCUAUACUAUACCUCUUGAUAAGCGUCUAGCAGCUGAUGGAAGAGGUUUGCAGGAUGUUCAAAUUAAUGAUAAUUUUGCAAAGCUGUCAGAGGCACUUUAUGUUGCUGAGCAGAAGGCUAGAGAAGCUGUUGCGAUGAGAUCUAAGGUUCAAAAGGAGAUGAUGAUGAAGGAGAAAGAAAGGAAAGAGCAAGAACUGCGAGCACUGGCUCAGAAAGCACGCUCUGAACGAACUGGCGCAGCACCUCCAGUAUCUGCUCCAAUCCCAUCUAAUAAGACUGCAAUGAAUGAUGUUGAUAUGAUAGGGGAUCAUGAUCGUGGGAGAGAUAGGGGGAAGGAUGCUCCCAAAGAGACAAGAGAGGAAAGAGAAGAGAGGCUGCAGCGUGAGAAAAUUCGCGAGGAGCGACGUCGGGAAAGGGAGAGGGAAAGAAGGUUGGAGGCAAAAGAUGCUGCCAUGGGUAAGAAAAGCAAGAUCACAAGAGAUAGAGAUCGUGACAUCAGUGAGAAGGUUGCUCUUGGUAUGGCUUCUACUGGUGCUGCCAGAGGAGGAGAGGUUAUGUAUGACCAGAGAUUGUUUAACCAGGAGAAAGGGAUGGAUUCUGGUUUUGCCACAGAUGACCAAUAUAACGUGUAUGACAAGGGCCUAUUUACAGCCCAGCCUACACUUUCAACACUCUACAGGCCUAAGAAAGAUGUCGAUUCUGAUAUGUAUGGAGGUGCUGAUGAGCAGUUAGAUAAGAUUAUGAAGACGGACAGGUUUAAACCUGAUAAGGCUUUUGCUGGUACAUCUGAGAAGGCCGGUCCACGGGACAGGCCAGUUGAGUUUGAAAAGGAUGCAGAAGAAGCUGAUCCAUUUGGUUUGGAUCAGUUCUUGACUGAAGUGAAGAAGGGUAAGAAAGCCAUGGACAAGGUAGGCAGUGGUGGAACAAUGAGAGCUAGUGGUGGGUCUUCAACACGAGAUGGAUAUGAUGGAGGCUCUGGUAGAACUCGCAUCGGCUUUGAGAGGGGCCGCUAGGUAUCCUGCUAUCAGGUUGUAUUUGCCAUGGCCUGUUUUUGUUUGUCACUUGCUUUUACUAUGCGUUUUGCCAUAUUAUCUGUUAACCGAAGAGGCAUGUUUGUUAAUCUUAUUAUUGGGUUGAAAAGCAUUUUCCUUGGGUUAAAGAGCACUUUCUUAAGGCAAUAGCUUGUGUUCUAUGUGGUGAUUUUCUUAAAUUAUUGAUUAUACUAGGAAAACUUAGGUUGGUGAAGCUGAACUCAGUGCAAAUUCUUAGAAUGAACAGCUCCUAUGAUCCUUACAUUUUUGCCAGUUCUGUGCUUACCCCAAUGUGGAUAUUCUCAAAUUACUGCACCAAGGAAAGAUGUUGAUCCAACCAAUAAUAUAAGGAUUUAUGCCCGAGUAUAUUGAUGUC